CUCCGGCUAAUCGUUACCGAUCAGUUGGUGUUUAGAUUUGAUCUAGAGUGGAUCUUGGACGCUUGAGGCUGGUUGCGUUUGAAAUUCUGCGCUGUAAAGCAUGUAAACGGGGAAAAACGGUGAACAAAGAACAGUGAUUUAUGUCCGAGUGUGUUAAAAUGACUCGUGUUUCUAUAGUAAGACUGUGUAUGCUCUUAAUAUGCCUGUUAGGCCUAGUGAAGUCGCAAACCGAGCAAUACGAGGAGGAUUAUGAAGAGGGCCCGUGCGGACGGUGGAGACCCGGUGAUGUGGAUCUGCGAUCGUUCGAUUUGAUUCGGGAGUUCCGUUUGGAUCAAAUUGAGGCGAGCAGCAAGCAUAUGCAUCGUCUCCAGGGUACCAACGAGUAUCAAACUGCCUAUCGCUUCGAGAAGGAAGCUAACCUGACGAUGCGCUCGGGUGACGCAUUUCCACUCGGAUUACCGCACCAGUUUUCCUUCGAAUGUACGUACCGCAUCGAGGAUGAAGGUGAAUCGUCCUGGCACCUGUUUGAGGUGACGAACGAGGUGCAGGAGAGUCAGCUGGCGAUUACGCUGAACCCUGGCCGACAGAUUCUACAGAUCGGGCUACCAGCGACCGAGGGUGAGCAGCAGAUUGUGGAGUAUCAUCACACUUCGCUGUUCGAUCACAACUGGCACAAGAUCAUGCUCGGGGUGACCAACGACUACCUCAACCUGUGGGUCGAUUGUCGUCCGGUGCGCGACACCGAUGGAAAUUUGAACGUUCCGUUGGAGCCUCGGGACCGUUUUGACAUAUCGGACGGGUACGUUUCGAUUUCUAGGUUCGCUGAAACGUCUGUCUUUGAGCCUGAAUCGCCGGUGAUUGAUCUACAGUGGAUGGUGAUGAACUGUGAUCCAACCCGACCGGCUCGUGGCAAUUGUGACGAGCUGCCGGUGUAUGAUGUGGCAUCCUUGACGGCGAACCUUCCGGAAGGACCCACCCCGAAACCGGACUGUAAUGCCGUUUGUCCACCGGGAUACAAUGGAACGGAUGGAGCACCGGGUCCAGCGGGACCUCCUGGUCUGCCAGGACUAAAAGGAGAGGCUGGAGCUUUUGGAAGACGGGGACCUCCUGGACCACGCGGAUUAGAAGGACCUCCGGGUAUUCCGGGAAUCGGACAGAAGGGCGAAAAGGGAGAGAUCGGAGUAGGAAUUGCUGGACUGAAAGGCCAAAAAGGAGAACCAGGAAUGGCCGCGGUAGCUGGAUCCGCUGUAGCAGGCCCAGUUGGACCGAGAGGAUUGCCGGGUCCUCAGGGUCCUCCCGGUAUAGGCUUGCGCGGUGAAAAAGGUGAAAUCGGAGCUCCAGGACGUGAUGGGCAGUCGAUAACUGGACCCCGUGGUUUGAUUGGUUCUCCCGGAGCGGCCGGCCUCCCAGGUGCUGAUGGAUUGCCGGGAUCUACUGGUCAAAAGGGAGAACGCGGAUCACCAGGACCGAGAGGUGAAGACGGGGUAGGAUACCCUGGCGAACCGGGUCCCAGAGGACAGAAAGGUGAACCUGGAGACGCACGGGCAGGUUCAGCAGUGGCAGGACCUCCUGGCUUACCAGGCCAACGAGGAAACGAUGGAUCAAAGGGAGAGAAAGGAGAAUCCGGUAACAGAGGACUUCCAGGCGUGCAAGGAUUGCCAGGACUUCCUGGAGCUCCAGGCCUUCCAGGACCCCCGGGACCACCCGGUGAAGGUGGUUCCCUCGAAAAGGGCGGUGGUGGUGGACGAUAUUUUGAAAACUUCAUGUCGUAUGGACAUCGAGGACCGACGGGAUAUACUGGGUUGCCCGGAGAACGCGGUGCCGGUGGUCUCCGUGGUCCAGAAGGUGCACCAGGCGUGCCCGGUGCCCCAGGCGUUGAUGGAGCUCCCGGACCGCAAGGUAUACCUGGACUGCCGGGACAAACCGGUCCACCAGGUGUUCCCGGUGUCCCUGGACGUAGCUAUACCGAGGCAGAAGUAAGCGACAUCUGUCGGGCAGUUCUGAGAGAUCACAUUGCCGAGCUUACCGAGGGAUUGAUUGGACCUCCUGGACCGCCGGGAGUUUCGCGGCCCGGAAAACCUGGCACUCCUGGACGACCGGGUGAGAAGGGUGAGCGUGGAUUCCCUGGUUUCACUGGGGAUCGUGGUAUACCGGGUGAACCGGGAGCACCGGGUGUUGCAGGACCGGCUGGCGAGCGUGGCGAACCGGGUAUGCCUGGUGAGAAUGGACGUGAUGGUGUGGGUUACGUCGGUCCGCAAGGUCCAGUCGGUCCUCCUGGACUGCCAGGUGAUUCCGUGAUAGGUCCACCUGGGCGUGCAGGUGAACGUGGAGAGCCUGGCAAAGCGGGACAUCCGGGCGUUCGUGGAGCACCUGGCAUUCCUGGCGUUUGUCCGAACGAUUGCUAUAUGGCGGCAGCGGCAGCAGCUCAGAACUUCCGUACCAACCAGCAAACCAAGGGACCAAACUAUUAGCCUACAUGGCGCAGUAGGACGCGGUGGACGCCAUACUAAUGAAGUAAAAACCAAUAAAAUUUUCUCUGCAUUUCAAGCUAUUCUGUAAA